AAAGUGUUAGGAAUUUAAUUUUAUUGCUACGCCGAGCAUUGUUUUUGCGCAUGCUCAGAAAUUGAUAAAGCAUGGCUGUGUUAUAAAAGCUGACAGUAGGUUGUACAAUGAGUAAACAAGACUCAAUAUAAAGACCAACAACAAAAGCAGUCUAUCUACCUUCAUGAAGAAAAUGCCUGCAGUCAGUAACUCAAGGAUGAUCUACUUAUUGCUAGCCUUUGCAAUCAAUGCUGUAGCUCUGUGGGGGAGCUCUGAUGGGGGUCUGGAGAUCACUCCCCACACAUUACUGGUCAACUCAGAGUACGGCAAUCUCGAGAGGCAGUCAGAUGAGAAGGCUAUUAUGGCAACCUUCACUUGUGUAGGGAUCCCACCCAACAAGAUCCCCCGGCAACUAGAAGUGGUGUGGAUGAAAGAUGGACUCGUUAUCGAGACCGUAGGAACGAGGAAAUACCUUCACCAUCGACGGAAGAAGCAGCUGGUGAUUAAGAAACUGGAUGAGACGGACAGCGGUCGUUACGAGUGCGCCAUUAGCUCUAACUCCACUGAGAAAGGAAUGGCUGAACUGUGGAUUUCCCCCCACAUCAUCUUGGCUCCAAGCCCUCAGUUAGUCCCGCGGGCCAGUCCCAGUGCGGCAGUCGAGUGUCAGGUGACAGGAGGUCGUCGAACAGUGGAUUGGUGGAAGAAUCAGCUACAGAUAGCAAGCAGUAACCCAGCUGUUGGCAACACAGAUCCUCGCUACACUGUCUCUGACACAGGCUCGCUCCUCAUCUCUUCUGUUACCCGUGACGACAAGGGCUUGUACACUUGUAUUGCGAGAAACCCUGCCGGUCGAGUGGAGAAGCAUGUACGAGUGAGAGUGACCAAUCCGAUUACACCCACCUCCGAACCCACUACAACUGAACCCUAUAGAACAUUACCGCCACCACGAAAUCUGAGCCACUGCGUAGAAUAUAACGAUAUCAGAUUUGGAGGAGACCUUCCAUUCGUGAAUCUCACUUCUAGUUUAUCGGGGGGGAGCUCUGGGCCAAGAUUGACAGCUGUCCCUCACACGUGCGUUCAGACUAGACUAGCGUACAGGAUAGUGCUGAGCUGUGUUGGUACAGGAAGCCCCACCCCUUCCCUCAGUUGGACCAAAGAUGGCCAGCCAAUACCAGAGGGUACCACUGACAACCACUACAUUCAGCUCUCCAAUGGCUCACUCCUGAUCACCACGGUAGAGUUGUCAGACGCAGGCAGCUACACUUGUAUGGCUUCCAGUUCACGUGGCAACGUAGCAUCAGAGGUACGGCUAGAAGUGAGGUCCAACGCAGAGCAGUGUGGGGUCAAAGGUUAUUGGCACGACAAUGAUGAAAGAGUAAAGAGGAUUGUUAGAGGAUUUGCCGUCAGUGGAAUACACCAGUGGCCAUGGCAAGUACUGAUAGAAUAUGAGGAGGACCCGACCACCUCACUGCUCGACCCUGCAUUCUGUGGGGGUGCUCUGGUGCGGCCAAACUGGAUAGUGACAGCUGCUCACUGUCUCUACACUUGGAGCAAUCAGCUGAGGCCCGUGGAUAGUCUUGUUGUCAGAACAGGUGUGCAUAACAGGACUCAUGGCUCUGAGGUGCAUCAGCAAAUCUUAAAGGCUCAUCGCUACAUCAUUCACCCCUCUUACAACCCACACCAAGUGGAGCACGACAUAGCACUUAUCCAACUAUCACAGCCGGUCCGCCCGUCACCACAAGUGGGCACGGUCUGUCUGCCCCCUCAGGCACAAGACCCACCCGUGGGGAGUGUGUGUACCGUGACUGGCUGGGGGACGCUACAACAUGGGGUCAACAAUUACCCUGAGUUACUUCACCAGGGAGAUGUCCCCCUUGUCUCAGCAACUGACUGCACCAGUCGAGAGUCGUAUAGGCGUAAGGUGACUGACAACAUGCUGUGUGCCGGCUGGAGAGAGGGUGGGGCUGACUCCUGUCAGAACGACAGUGGAGGACCUCUCGUCUGCGAGGUCCCGGGGAACGAGGGACGAUGGGCUCUAUAUGGAAUAGUGAACUUUGGCGAGGGGUGUGGAGUUGCACACAAGUAUGGUGUUUAUUCAAGAGUUACACAAUACUUGUCGUGGAUAGACACUGUUAUGGGUUCAAGCUAGUUUUUGUGCCGUUUGUGUGUUCUUUUUUUAAUUGUGUUUUCAUUUUUACUGGUGAUAUAAUCACACUGUUCUAUUCAUACAUGCAUUUCUCAACAUCAUUAUUAUUGUCCUGCUGCAUCAAUAAUAAUAUUAUUAUUUUGUGAUCAA